AUGCUACAACGGUAUGGGUUUGAUGGCGUGGAUCUGGACUGGGAGUAUCCUGUCGUAAGCGACCGUGGGGGCAAAGCAGCCGAUAAAGAGAAUUAUAUCCGCCUGAUCGAUGAGUUACGGAUCGUCCUAGAUAGUUCCGGGUCUCAGUAUGAGAUCUCUUUUACGACCCCUUCUAGUUAUUGGUAUUUACAGCAUUUCGAUGUGGUGGCAAUGCUGGACGCUGGAGCCGACUGGACCAAUAUUAUGACAUAUGAUCUCUAUGGCGCAUAG